AUGGCGUCCAGAUUCUUCAGCUGCUCAGUGCCUGAUUGUGAAAGACCGAGUGUCAGAGCAAACGGCGGUUGCAAUAGCUGUAAUCGCCACUUAUGCCUCACCCACUUGUCUCGUUCUUUCCAUACGUGUGACGAGACUUUGGAUGACGUAGCUUAUGAGUCGCAAAUUGCAGCCGAGAUCGAUCGUCUCCGCUCUCGGAUCAACGAUGCGGCCGUAUGCCAACUUGCGUCCAGACUGAAUGGCGGUCGAAGUUGUAGAAUUGAGCACUCGUCCAAGGUUGGACAGGGCGCUCUCAUGGGAAGCGCCAACUAUCAUGCCCGCAUACGCUUCCAAGACGGCUCCCCCUCGUGGCUCCUUCGAGUUCCACGAGUGGUAAGUUUCGCCGUUGGUCUUCCCAUCCCGUUAGCAGACUAUCUAAUAACCAGCGAGUACGCCACAUUGAAAUUUCUCGAAACCACUUCAGUGCCAGCACCUCGAGCUUUCAACUAUGGUGUAUGCAGCAAUGGGACAGACCAUGGUGUCGGCGUGGCUUUCCUUCUUAUGGAAGAGCUACCAGGAAGACCCUGGACAGGCCAAGGAGUGUCGGGUACAACGGCCACUGACGACGAGAAGGCCAGGAUUUGGAGUGGCCUCGCCGAGAUCCUGGCUGAGUUAGAACAUCACCCCUUUCCCAAAGCUGGGUCACUGUGCUUCCAGUCAUCCAGUGUCGAAAUUUCGGCCGUAGCGAGCGACAGAUUCGUCGUCCUCACUCCUAAUGGCCCAUUUCAUAACUCAACAGCAUAUUAUACUGCUUUUGCUGAGCAGUACUUGACGCUGAUUGCAGACGGCCAACUCUACACGGAGUAUCCUAUCAAUGCGUACCUAGUAUACCGCUUUCUAAAAGACAACGUGUCACAGCUAGCCGAACAAGGAGGAGAAGCGAAGCCAUCAGAGGAAUUCUUUUUAAAGCACGUCGACGACAAAGGCGACCACUUACUUGUCGACGAUGACCUUCACAUCACAGGCAUUAUUGACUGGCAGAUGGCACGCGUCGUACCACGACGUGAAGCCUUCGGUCCGUCGCUUGUUACUGCCGACAUGAAUGCAUUGUGCGGUGGUAAGGUCUCGAUCAGUACCGAUGAUGUGGCCUUGACGGAUGCACUGCGGCAAAAGGGCCUCUCUUGGAUUACCAGCUGCGCGAUCAACGAGAAAGCCAGGAGGUUUUUCUGGGGCCUGGCCUUGGAAUCCGAAUGGUUGAAUGCGUUGCCAUUGGCAAUCGCGAUACUAGAAGUCUUUGGUGUCAGCCAAGAUUGGGCACAGUGGAGGGAGACGGCACUGAAGGAAUACGAGACUGACGAGCGUCUAAAUGGCCUUGUCUCGAGCAUCUCACGCUGACUCGACAAUGGCUGCUGGAUUGCUCUCGGGUCUGAUACAAGAGAGCAUGCCGCUCGCCACAAUGGAUU